AUGAAAAUUUCAAACAUCUCUGAUUAUGGGAAUAUUUCCUCCUCGCCAAAAACCACAAGCCAUCCACCAACAGGUUUAACAACCGCCUCACAAACAAUCAACAUAGUUCUGGCAACCGUAGCCAUUAUAGGAAACACACUGGUGAUUUUGGUGUUCAUUCAAGACAAGAAGCUACUGAGGAAAUCCUAUAACAUUUUGAUCCUUUCUCUGGCCCUAGCUGAUGUGCUAACCGCCGUAACCUUGAUCACAAACCCAGCUUUGGUUCUUGGUGACGCGUUCCCCUAUCCAAGUAAUCCAUUUUGGGGGGACCUUUUUUGCCGAGUGAUCUGGAGCCGAUCAUUUCUCUUCCAGCUUGUAGUAUUCUCUGCGUACAUCUGCUUGGCUUUAAUGACGGAGCGAUGGUACGCUGUGAUCAGACCACUCAAAUAUAGUGACACUUUCAACAAGAAGCGAACUCUCAUCUACAUCUUGGUUGUUUGGCUAUGGUCACUAAUUCUCUGUUGUUCCACUCUAUUCGAAAUAGAAUACGUUUCAUCUUAUCCACCAACUCGACCCUGCAGAUGGCUGUUGCUUUGGGGAAAACAACGCGCA